AUGCCCCCGGCCCUGGGCGCCGUCACCCUCGCGUUCGCGACGGGCGAGUGCGGCGCCGAGCGGUGGGCCGGCAUCGAGGGGUCGUCGAUCGCGGCCGCCAACGUGCAGGCGCUGGUCACCGCCGGGAAGAAGUACGUGAUCAGCACGGGCGGGUCCGCCGGGAAGUUCACGUGCGGCACCACGGCGGGGUUCAUCGCAUUUGUCAGCCGCUACAUGAGUGCAAAUAUGAUCGGGAUCGACUGGGACAUCGAGGUCGGGCAGACGCAGGCAGAGAUUGACGCCAUCGUGAAACGCACCAAGGAGGCAGCCACAAGCUACCCACAAUUGAGCUUCAGCUUCACGAUAGCUACCUUCGGCGCAUCAACCACAUCCAGCAACCUCGGCAUCACGGGCGACGCCGUGGUCAAGGCCGUCCUCGCCGCAGGCCUCACCAAUUACAUCAUCAAUCUGAUGGUCAUGGACUACGGCGGCCCCAGCUCGUCCGUCUGCACCCUCGGCUCCGACGACCAGUGCGACAUGGGCGCGUCUGCCGCCUCUGCCGCCAACAGCCUCAACACUGCCUAUGGCGUGCCCUUCAACAGGAUCGCCCUGACCCCCAUGAUCGGCGGCAACGACGUCGUCAGCAACGUGUUCAAACUUGCUGACGUCACCACGCUCUCGGAUUACGCGAGUACUAAGGGCCUGGCGGGCGUCCACUUUUGGUCGUUUGACCGCGACAGGGACUGCCCAGUUGGGCCUGCAAACGCCACAUGCAAUUCGUACAACCAGGCCGGGACCCUGGGUUUCACGAAUGCCUUUGUCUCGAGGCUCGGCAGCGCGUGA